AUGCUCCCUCUAUCUUUGCUGAAGACUGCCCAAGGGCACCCCAUGCUGGUUGAAUUGAAAAAUGGGGAGACCUACAAUGGCCAUUUGGUCAACUGCGACACUUGGAUGAACAUCCAUCUUCGAGAAGUCAUUUGUACCUCCAAAGAUGGAGACAGGUUUUGGAGAAUGCCUGAAUGUUACAUCCGUGGGAAUACGAUAAAGUAUCUUAGAGUUCCUGAUGAGGUGAUAGACAAAGUUCAAGAAGAGACCAAGAGCCGUUCAGAUAGGAAACCACCUGGAGUAGGACGUGGAAGAGGAAGAGGAGGUAGGGAGGAUGGUCCUGGUGGACGUCAGGCAAAAGGCAUUGGACGUGGCCUAGAUGAUGGUGGUUCUAAGGGUGCUGGUGGAGGCCGAGGCAGAGGUGGACCAGGUGGGAAGGCCGGUGGAGGCAGAGGUGGAGGACGAGGACGAGCGUGA